GGUAUCUCUUUUAGAGAAAUGCCAUAACACGAAUACUGCCUCAUCACUGAGGCAGGAAAGUACCGGAGAGAUGGAAACAAAGUGCAUUGUACUUCUUUGGCUUUCGAUUCUAGUGCUGAUUCCUUUUGAUAUAUCUUCUGUGGAUACUAGUAUAACCAGUAGCAACUAUGCUGGGAGUGAUGAGCCUCCUCCAUUGGUAGUGAGGAUUUUGGAUAUCUGUAAGGACUAUUUAUCAAAUGCCGGUCCUAUGCGCACCAUAGCAGGAUUGCUGCUGUCGAAGCUCUUAACACGCCCUGAUAUGAUGAAGGCAUUUAGCAGUUUUAUUGAUUGGACGCAUAAAAUUCUCUCUUCCGUGGAGGACAAUGUUAUAGAACACUUCCGGUUGCUAGGUGUGAUCGAAGCUCUAGCUGCCAUUUUUAAGAUUGGUAGCACAUCAGUAUUGCUGAAUGUUGCAGCAGAUUUAUGGAAUGACACAUCAGCUUUGAUAAAGUCUCGUGCUGCUUCUAAGAGUCCCUUACUUCGGAAGUAUCUGGUAAAGCUAACCCAGCGGAUUGGGCUUACUUGCCUGCCUCAUCGUCCUGCAUCAUGGCGCUAUGUGGGUACAAAAAGGACUCUUGGAGACAAUAAUUCCUUACAUGUGACAAGCGAUAGUAACCAAUUCAAUGAUUCGGUUAACGCAAACUCCUCUCAAGAGACAAGCUGUGUUGAAGAGGAAUAUAUGGAUAUUCCAGAUAUCAUAGAAGAUAUUAUCGAACUUCUGCUGUCAGGAUUGAAAGAUACGGACACUGUUGUCCGAUGGUCUGCUGCAAAAGGUAUUGGCCGCAUCACAUCACGCCUAACUUAUUCGCUCUCAGACGAAGUCUUGUCAUCUGUUUUGGAGCUCUUUUCUCCUGGUGAGGGAGAUGGUUCAUGGCAUGGUGGAUGCUUGGCACUGGCAGAACUGGCACGCAGAGGAUUGCUCUUACCAAUCAGUUUUCCUAAAGUUGUUCCUGUUAUCGUAAAGGCUUUACAUUAUGAUAUUCGAAGAGGACCUCAUAGUGUUGGAUCUCAUGUACGUGAUGCUGCGGCUUAUGUUUGCUGGGCUUUUGGUCGUGCCUAUUUCCACAGAGACAUGAAAGAUGUGCUGGAACAGCUGGCACCACAUCUUCUAACCGUGGCCUGUUAUGACCGUGAGGUUAAUUGCAGAAGAGCAGCAGCAGCUGCUUUCCAGGAAAAUGUCGGGAGACAAGGAAAUUUCCCCCAUGGCAUUGAUAUAGUAAAUACAGCUGACUAUUUUGCCCUUUCCUCUCGAGCAAACUCGUACCUUCACGUUGCUGUUGGCAUUGCUCAAUAUGAUGGCUACCUUCAUCAAUUUGUGGAUGUGCUGUUGAAUAGUAAGAUUUGCCACUGGGACAAGGGUUUGAGAGAACUUGCAGCAACUGCCAUGUCAUUUCUUGUGAAAUUUGAGCCGGAAUAUUUUGCUAAUGUAGUUUUGGAGAAAUUAGUUCCUUGUACUCUAUCGUCUGAUUUGUGCAUGCGGCACGGUGCAACCUUGGCCUCUGCGGAGGUGGUGUUGGCUUUACAUAAGCACAACUAUACUCUUUCCACAGAUAAGCAAAUAGUAGUUGCUGGUAUAGUUCCCUCCAUUGAGAAAGCACGUCUUUACCGUGGUAAAGGAGGGGAAAUAAUGCGCUCUGCUGUUUCUCGUUUCAUCGAGUGCAUUUCCCAAGCUCAAAUAUCUCUGACUGACAAGAUAAAACGAAGUUUGCUUGAUACGCUCAACGAGAACAUGAAACAUCCUAAUUCUCACAUACAGAAUGCUGCUAUUGAAGCCUUUAAACACUACAUUCCUGCUUACCUGAUAUCCAUGGACAACAAGGGAAUGAACGAUAUCAUUUCAAGAUAUCUUGCACAGUUGUCUGAUCCUAAUGUUGCUGCAAGACGAGGAUCGGCUCUUGCACUAGGUGUUCUGCCUUUCGAGUUUCUGUCUCAAGGGUGGAAAUCUGUGUUGACAAAACUCUGUUCUUCCUGUGAAAUUGAGAAUAAUGCUGAAGAAAGGGACGCUGAAGCACGAGUCAAUGCUGUCAAAGGACUUGUAUCUGUUUGUGAAACCUUAACCGAAGCUGGAGAAUCUUGCUUUACCAAAGAAGACGAGUCCAACCUAUUCCAUUUCAUCAGAAAUGAAGUUAUGUGCAGUCUUUUUAAAGCUCUGGAUGAUUACUCCACUGACAACAGGGGCGAUGUAGGUUCUUGGGUACGUGAGGCUGCAAUGGAUGGCCUUGAAAAAUGCACAUAUAUUCUGUGCACGAGGGAUUCUACAAAUCAAGAAAAAGAUUCGUAUUUCGAUCCCGUUUUGGCAAAUGAUUUAGUUGGAGGCAUUUUGAAGCAAGCUGUGGAGAAAAUGGAUAAAAUAAGGGAAUCAGCAGCAAAGAUUCUCCAGAGAAUUCUAUACAAUAAAACAACUUUCGUCCCACAUAUACCAGAAAGGGAUACUCUCGAAAAUAUAGUUCCGGACGAGGCUGAUUUUAAGUGGGGGGUGCCGACGUUUUCGUAUCCUCGUUUUGUACAACUUCUUCAAUUUGAUUGUUAUAGUAAAUAUGUUGUGUCGGGGCUAGUUAUAUCUAUUGGCGGUUUACAAGAUUCUUUGAAGAAGGCAUCACUCACUUCUUUGUUAGACUAUCUUCUUGAUGACUCGAGACAGUUCAGUCUGUCAAUAGAUAUUCUAUGGGUGCUUCAGAAAUAUCGAAGAUGUGAUAGAGUCAUUAUUCCCUCUUUGAAGACUAUCGAGAUCCUUUUCAGCCGAAAGUUACUGUUGAACAUGGAGGCUCAAACUCCAGUCUUCUGCGCGGGAGUUUUGGAUUCUGUGGCUAUAGAGUUAAAAGGAACAAAGGACUUCUCCAAACUAAAUGCAGGAAUUGCAAUACUCGGAUAUAUUGCUUCAAUUUCGGACCCUAUAAACACAAGGGCAUUCUCCCAUCUACUCACUUUCCUCGGCCACAGAUAUCCCAAGAUCAGGAAAUCUGCCGCUGAACAAGUGUAUCUUGUUCUUCUGGAAAACGAGAGUCUAAUGGAAGAGGAGAAAUUAGAUGAAGCGAACGAAAUUAUUACGGAGACUUGUUGGGAAGGGGAUGUGGAAGAAGCGAAGAAGAGAAAGGUACAGUUAUGUGAAAUGGCUAAUAUUGGAAAUGCACAAACAUUAUUAAAUGGUACCGAGAUAAAAUCGAAGAAGGAUAUUGUUCGACAGAAAGUUGUGUCCACCGACGAAAAUUCUUCCUACUCUUCCUUAGUUGGAUCUGCUGGAUUUUAGCAGUAUAAUUUUCUUGCAAUGUGUGUGUGUGUGUGUGUUUUAAAGCUUAAGUAAGUAUGAACUCAAGUAAGUAUGAACUUUGCCUAAUUAAUAGGCUUAAUGAAAGGGUGAAAACCUCAAAGCUAUAAUGAUUAAUGAACAUGAGCCUAUUUCAUGUGUUGAUUCUCGA